UAAUAAGUAUAUCUAUUUUUGUCUCUAGAAAAUAUAAAUUUAAAAUUCAGAACUACCUUUCCAGAAUGCAUCAACUCUUGUUUAGGCCAUUUUUGUGUAAGCGUUUUGUCAGACAUGCCAUGACUUCAACUGCUUCCAGACGAGCUAUUCCAUCUAGAGACAGUCAAUCAAGGAAAGUCAUCGAGCCUGAAGCUUACAUGGUUAAAGAGAAGAGAGAUUUUGUUGUCCAAAACAUAAAACGCGUUGUUUCCGAUCAGACUCGAAAACUUUUUGCCGUCAUCUAUAUACAAAAUAAGCAAUUCAAAGUCAUGCAAGACGAUUUGAUCCACAUAGAAAGCAACAUUCCAGUAGAUAUACUAUCGGUUGGAGGGCUCGAUUUUUCCUUAUUUGGCAGGCCAUUAUUAGACCCCAAAUUCGUACAUGUACACGCAACUGUUAUUGAAAAGACAACCACAUCACCUGAAAUUAUCUACAACUUCAAUACCAUGUACAUCCACAACCCGGUUGAGUCAAGAACUUAAUGUAAUCCGAAUUAAUAAUAUAAAUGUUGAAGAGGCUGCUUUUGAA